UUGUAAACAGCUGAAAUUAGUAUCGAUGCUGUCAACUGCGCCGGUCUUUUGGCGAAUAAAUCUAAAUUUUUAUUAACCGCUAUUCAUAGUCGUCACAGCAGGACCAUGUCUGAGCCAUGUACAAACAGCAGUCAAGAAGCAAUUGCACGUUUGCGGGAAUUUGGAUACGCAUUCAAUGAAGCUGGCGAGCUCCGCAAAAUUGAUGCAGCUAGCGGAAAGCCCGGUGAUCUGCCUUAUGAAUUUAAGAUCAGUGACAAUCCGGCUCUAAAUCAAGAGCAUUACGAGCAACUAGCCAAUCAGAUUCCCGAUAUUGUAUAUGAGCUACUGGAGAAAAAUGGAUUAAAGAGAACCUAUAUACCCAUUGGAGAGCCCAUUGAGCGUUCCACAUUCGUAUUCACACAGCCGCAACCUCUGGCCCAGUCGAAGAAGCUGCUUGUGCUCAUCCAUGGCAGCGGAUAUGUGCUGGCCGGUCAAUGGGCAAGAAGAUUAAUUAUAAACAACUCUCUGGAACACGGCACACAGCUGCCAUAUAUACAACGCGCACAGAAGCUGGGUUAUGAUAUACUCGUAACGAAUACGAAUGACACCACACGUAUUAUAAAUGGCAAGCGCACGCCUAUCAAAGGCUUAGAGAAUUCAAUGAGUCAUGCCGCUUACGUAUGGGAGCAUAUCAUCAUGCCGUCGCAGCCCGAGAGUGUGGCCAUAGUGGCCCACAGCUUCGGCGGCUCCGUGUGUAAGGCUUUGGCGGAAAAGUUUACAAAGUUCUUUAAAGAAAAAGUAUUUGCCAUUGCGCUAACCGAUGGCACCGUGGGCCAUCCGCCCGCUAGUUGUCAAAAAUACUUUCUGGAUGUAACCUGCAAUUGGGUCUCCAGCACUGAGCCACUCGAUACGGAUCUAACACAUGGUGAUAAGGAAAAGAAUUUAACUUGUGUAUCGGCUGGACAUCCGGAACACGAAUGGACCUCCUCUGCAGCCAUCGAGUCUGUCUUUAAGUUCCUCGAGCUAAAGCACCAGAAGUAUCUAAAGACCAAGCAGUCCUAAGCCGCCUAGUGUCAACUUGUUACGCAUUUCAUCAAAUUAUCAUAUGUGAUGUGCAUCAUCCCAUCAUGUUUGUGCAUGUGACACUUAUCCCUUUGCCCUAAGGACCAACACAAACUAUCGAUUUGCAAUGCAUAAAUCAAACGGAGUAGCAGCAUCCCAUAACAAAACUCCCUCAUAACCCACUUCGAUAUGUCACAAACACUCGCAUCAAGGCAAUUUAAUUUGAUUUUCGGCACUUUGGCACAUUCCAUGUGAGUUAAUCAACUUGAUGGCUGAUGUAUCAUCGUUCACGAUAAAACAAAAGUGUUUCUGAUGUCCGUCCAGUCAACAAGCAGCUAAAAAACAACAAACCCACGUCCCCACGGUCAAUGCUUAAAGUUGUUAGCUCGAUAAGAACACAAUCUAGCUGGGGUUGCUACAAAAAAAAAAAAAAAA